AUGGCGUCGAAAGAGCAGGAGAUGCUCCCCUUGUUCCCUCCUAGGGAAACCCGACCUCGAUCUGAUUAUUUCGGACCUGCACGUGGCGCAACUUUCCUCCGAGACCAAUUCACCAUCUCCACAUGGCUGUGCAUGGGAGCUGUGGUACAAGGUAGCCUGUUGCUGGCCAUCGGUCGGCUUGCCCUCGUUCCCGCGGUAGCAUUGCUACUCUACCGAACUCUGGACACCUACGCAAUGGUGGUUGGCUUCAAAGAAAACAAGUACAUGAAGCAUGUCAUCACACAAAAAGUUUCCGCGCAAAUACCAGACGAGAACGGCAAGUUCGGAUCCAAACCAGCCAGUUCCGCCAUCACCGUCUUCCUCAUUGGUGCACGAACCAACCAUCCCCUCGGAGCUUUUGGGCCAGGUUUCAAGGAACUCGGAGGAUACUUCGAACAAAUGUCCAAAGAUUUGGAUAGACAUGCCGAUGAGUUCGGGUUUCUGGGUAUGACCUCCUGGUUGAAUGCUUCUGCCCGGCACACCUCUGCCGAGACGCAAUCAGUGUGCUACUUCAGAAAUGUGGAAGGUCUCCAGGCUUUUGCACACGGCGAGUAUCACAGGAAGGGAUGGGAGUGGUGGAACAAGACUUUGAAAGAUCACCCGUACAUGUCGAUUUUCCAUGAGACGUACGAUGUUCCAGCGGGCAGCUGGGAGACCAUCUACGGAAACUCUCACCCCAGUGGCCUCGCCACGACUACAUACAAGAUCAGGAACAAGGACACUGGGAAGGUGGAAUAUGCGAGUCCGAUUGUUGAUGCCAAGAAAGGCUUGCUAAGGACUUCCGCUGGGAGGAUGUCUCGUAGCAAUGCCAACGAGCAUGAUGGGUACGAGGAGCCAAAGUAUUAA